GCGCUCCUGCCGCCGCAGCCGAGCACCGAGCAGCCUGGCUGCCGCGGCCGCCUCGCCACCAAACUUUCCCGGGAGCCGGCGCCGGGAGUGAGCCAUAGCUGGAGGCUACUCUUGUGCCAAUGACCCUUCCCAAUUCCUCCAGCGUCUUGGAAGACAAGAUGUGUGAGGGGAACAAGACCACCACGCCCAACCCCCAAAUGAUGCCCCUGGUGGUGGUCCUGAGCGCCAUCUCCUUGGUCACAGUGGGACUCAACCUGCUGGUCCUGUAUGCUGUGCACAGCGAGCGGAAGCUACACACGGUGGGGAACCUGUACAUUGUCAGCCUGUCGGUGGCCGAUCUGAUUGUGGGGGCCGUCGUCAUGCCCGUGAACAUCCUCUACCUCCUCAUGUCCAGGUGGUCCCUGGGACGCCCUCUCUGCCUCUUUUGGCUUUCCAUGGACUAUGUGGCCAGCACAGCGUCCAUUUUCAGCAUCUUCAUCUUGUGCGUUGAUCGCUACCGCUCUGUGCAGCAGCCCCUCAGAUACCUGAGGUAUCGCACCAAGACCCGAGCGUCGGCCACCAUCUUGGCAGCCUGGUUUCUCUCCUUCCUGUGGGUUAUUCCCAUUCUGGGCUGGCAGCGCUUCAUGUCGAAGACCUCAGGGCACCGGGAGGACAAGUGCGAGACGGACUUCUACAAUGUCACCUGGUUCAAGGUCAUGACUGCCAUCAUCAAUUUCUACCUGCCCACCUCGCUCAUGCUCUGGUUCUACGCUAAGAUCUACAAGGCUGUACAGCAGCACUGUCAGCAGCGGGAGCUCAUCAACGGAUCCCUCCCGUCCUUCUCUGAAGACAAGCUGAAGCCAGAGGACCUCAGGGUGGGCGCUAAGAAACCAGGGAAGGAGUCUCCCGGGGAAGUUCUGAAAAGGAAGCCGAAAGAUGCAGGUGGUGGACCUGUCUUGAAGCCAGCAUCCCAAGACCCAAAGGAGAUAAAGUCUCCAGGUGUCUCCAGCCAAGAGAAGGAUGGAGGACUGGACAAAUUCCAUUGCUCCCCACUUAACAUUGUGCAGACGCAGAUGGAGGCAGACGGGAGUGGCCGGGAGUACGUAGCCAUCAGCCACAGCCAGAGCCAGCUCGAGAUGGGCGAGCAGGGCCUGAACACGCAUGGGGCCAAGGAGAUACUAGAGGAUCAGAUCCUAGGUGACAGCCAGUCCUUCUCCCGGACAGACUCAGACACCGCCCCAGAGUUGGCACGAGGGGAAGCCAAAUCGAACAGUGAGUCUAGCACAGGCCUGGAUUAUAUCAAGUUCACCUGGAAGAGGCUUUGCUCACAUUCAAGACAGUACGUGUCUGUGUUGCACGUGAACCGAGAACGGAAGGCCGCCAAACAAUUGGGUUUUAUCAUGGUGGCCUUCAUCGUUUGCUGGAUUCCUUACUUCAUCUUCUUCAUGGUCAUUGCCUUCUGCGAGAGCUGCUGUAACCAACAUGUGCACAUGUUCACCAUCUGGCUGGGCUACAUCAACUCCACGUUGAACCCCCUCAUCUACCCCUUGUGCAACGAGAACUUCAAGAAGACGUUCAAGAAAAUCCUGCACAUUCGCUCCUAAGGGAGGCUACAAGGGCAUGCAACUAAGUGAUGCUUACGAUGUCCCUGAAGGAAAUAGAGGAGGAAGCCUGUGCAUUGCCAGACACCUGGGCUUUCUGGAGCUGAAAGAACAGCCUUAGGGGCUGGGUAGUUUGGAAAGAUCAUAGGCACCGUUGGAAGAAGAGCAGAUGGUGGUGGUCAGCAGAGAGACUGUACCCUGAGAGCAGAAUACUUCCAAGAGAAUCCGAUCUGGUUGGGCUCUCCUGCUCCUCGGGAAAUGUGGGCGCCUCAGACUCACAUUGUAAUUCAAGCUUUCAGACUCGAAUUAAUGGGCAACCGAAGGGACAGGUGGGUAGAGUUUCCAGUAGAGAAGUAGGCAGAACUCUGGAGCCUUCCUGGAAUGGAGCUAUACGACUGUGCAGAGACCUUAUAUUGAUACACACAGACAGAUGCUGUCCGCUGCCAGGGGUCACCUUGAGAGGCAGGACAGCUAUUCCCCUGUGACUGCUACUUCUCAGAACACCUCUCCUCUGAGCCUCUUUUACAGCCUUCUCCAGACCCAGUGUUUGAACCACCUUGGAGAUUCUGCCUCAUUAUUUCUCACUCAUGCACAUCUUAGAGUUGACAGGAAAUUGUGCAGUCUGCACAUCCAUCAUUUUCAAACCCAAAUUCCUUUUUUGCUAUAAAAAAAAGGCUAAAUGCUGCCCUCAAAGAGAAAAGAAUAUUUUUUAAAUGGUUGUUCCUUAAAAACCAAAAAGGGGAGUGUGGGGAGAAGAAAGCCAUAUUUCUUGAGGGCUGUGCCAGGUUGAUGUCAUUUAAGCCCCAUGACACCCCACAACGGGAGGGUGGUAUUACUAGAGAAGCAGAUUGAAGUGCAGCAAGAUGAAAUAAGGUGGCUGAGAUCACACAGCUAGUUAUAGGAGAGCUAGAGUGAACAUCCUGUGGUUUCAGCUCAUCGUACCACAUUUUCUACUAAAGGCAAAAAUUUGUUCUAUUCAGCACGCGCGCGCACACACACACACACACACACACGCAAUUCCUGAGAGUGGUGGCAAUUCUCAAGAGUAUAUUGAGGGCUUCCCUGGUGGCACAGUGGUUAAGAAUCCGCCUGCCAACACAGGGGACAUGGGUUCGAGCCCUGGUCAGGGAAGAUCCCACAUGCUGCGGAGCAACUAAGCCUGUGCGCCACAACUACUGAAGCCUGCACGCCUAGAGCCUGUGCUCUGCAACGAGAGAAGCCACUGUAAUGAGAAGUCCGCGCACUGCAACGAAGAGUAGGCCCCGCUCACUGCAACUAGAGAAAGCCUGCGUGCAGCAAUGAGGACCCAACACAGCCAAAAAUAAAUAAAUAAGUAAAUUUAUUUUUUAUAAAAAGGGGGGUGCUUCUCUGGUGGCUCAGUGGUUGAGAGUCCACCUGCCGAUGCCGGGGACACGGGUUCGUGCCCCGGUCCUGGGAAGAUCCCACAUGCCGCGGAGCGGCUGGGCCCGUGAGCCAUGGCCGCUGCUGAGCCUGCGCGUCCGGAGCAUGUGCUCUGCAGCAGGAGAGGCCACAACAGUGAGAGGCCCACAUACCGCAAACAAACAAACGAGAAAAGGGUAUAUUGAGAGCAGGAAGAGCUGACAUAGAAGAUGUUUGUGGCCACAGAGGUGAUACUUUUGAAGGGACAGUGUGCAUUUUCAUCUGUGAGUUUUGCUGUUGAUCCAAGAAAAGUCAUCGUGUUCCUUUAUAGGCACACCUCUCAAGUCAAAACUAGCAAAGGCAUGGGAACACGCAGAUUUACUUGGUGUUUAUGUUGCAAUCUGGUUGUGUUUUGUAUUUUAAAACUCAAUGCUAAACUGUAAUAUAUGUAGCUAGUGGGAGUGCCUGUACAAGCUGGUAAUUUAUGUCUUAUGUUCCUGUUUGCAUGAUCUGUUAAAAUGAGAGAUUUUUUACCUACCUAAAAUAUGAUCUUUGAAACUAUACUGUUACAAGUUUGAUUGAUUUAAUACUACCUUUCUGAGUCUCUUGGACUGAGAAGAUGCAUUGAAAUGUAAUGUCAAAUGUUAUAAGAUCUGAUAAGGUUUCUCUUUGGUUUUUUAAGGACAUAUACAUUCACAUUUGUAAACAUCUUUACAAAAGGACUGACUUUUUAUAACAAGCUUCACUCUCUACUUUGCAUCUCCCAAAGUUUUUCUCCCUCAAAACUGGGGGAGUUAAGGAGACUUUUAUCCUGGUUUAGGUUAUCCUGCAGAUGGUCUGUUUCCAGGUCAGAAACCAGGAAGAGUUGCUUCCCAGGACCCCUCAGGACCAAGGAGCACUUUUAAGUCUUUUUCAGGACUACCCCACGCAGACUAAUGGCUAAGUGCCUGUUAUUGAUGUUGAUGAACAGUUGAGGCAACUAGUGAAGAGGAGUGGUUAUGAGCCCUGAUUCUGGGUCAAGGAGACUUGGAUUUGAAUCUGACAAGAACAAAGAAUGGUCACUAUAAAUUGCCGGAGCAUAAUAAACAAGGUCCGUGGAUUAGUGUGUACAGUGUUCACGGUGCUUGCAGAGUGGAUGGUACCCAGUGGGACUCAAGUAGUUUCAAAAUAUACUGAGCGUAUCCUUUUGUGCUUUACCACUGUAAUCUAAUCUCUACAGCACCUCGUGGGGCAGAGUUCUGUGUUUUUACAAGUAGGCAAACCAAAGCACAGAGGGAUUCAUAAGGACCAGGUCCAAGAUCUGAUUGUGGAAUGGGCUUCCUCUCCACGGUAUCAGCCUGCUCGUCCUACGCCUGUCUGUAUGCUUGAAUUAAUUCUUAAAUUCAUGAAAGGCAAGGGACUAUGGUGCAGACGUCACUCAGCCCUAGCCCACUCAGGAAAGAAUCAGUGGCUGAUGGCUUACACAAAAUCCAGUUGAAACCAGGCUCUCUGCCCAAACUAUGAAAGUAAAUACCUUCUUGGAAAAGGCUGUCAGAGACCUUGAUUUUAGAUUAAAACUUGCAGAGUCAGAAGCCCCUUUGGGUUUCUUUUUAUGGCCUUAAAGCUGGUGAGCUUAAAGCCAAUUCCUCCACUGACCAAUUUGUCAAAUUGACCAAAUGUUGGCUUCUUUCUAACUAUUUACAAGGUUUACCACAAUGCAUCUUGGGUGAGGUUUUUAAGAGAAGUUUUCUGCAAUUGUUGUGAAGUUAGAGUAACAGAUUUUUGUUUUUCUUCACAGCCACAUAUUGAAGAAGGUUCAAUAUGCUUUGUCCCCAGAUCACUGCUGUUGCAGGGAGAGACCGAGUUGCAGAGAGGGGAGAAAUAGAGGUGAAUAGACUCCAGGUGACAGAGGGGAAAACAAGGGGUAGAAAUCAGAGGAAACUAGGGGAGGCAGGGCUGUUACCGAGUCCGAGCUCCUACUGCUCCUGUGUGAGAGGCCAGUGAAUCCAGAGACGAGCUGUGGGAGCUGGGAAUGGUGACUUCAUCUGGGAAGCCAGCGGACCAGAAAGAAGGGGGACUAGUGUCCCAAAGAGCCAUCUUCCCGAGUUAGAAUUCCGGCUUAUUUUAUACUAAAAGGAGAGGGGAUAAAGUCCUCGUUCCGGCCAGACUCCAGAGGGCACGUGUUCAUUUCUUCCUUCCUGCAGCCAUUCGCAGGUGGGCCUGACCAGGAUGCUUCCUGUGAGCUAAACAAAAGUAUUUUCACUUAACGCUCAUUACCUGGGAGGCAGGGUUCCCAGAGAUGGGCCAUUGUGUAUAAUUUAAGCCUAUAGGCAACAUCCCUUUAGUGAUUAAUUUGUAAUAGAAUACAAAGGU